CCUACUCCAUUGCAGUCGUUAGUCGUUAUUUUUACCAUCCAUUAUUCGAACGACUAUAGAUACGGUAGCAUCGUCGUUGUAGUCGUCGCUUUCGUCGGAAAAAAGUUUUAUAAAAACAAGAUCCAUUCAAUAAAAUAAUAUACAACAAUAAAAAAAAAAAAACUAAAUACAUUAUAUACAUAAAAGUAAAUUAAACAAAAAACAAACGAUUCACCUAGCAAUUUUUUGAGAAUUUGGUUGCCGCAGUUCAGUAGUGGCCACCGUAUGACAAACAUGGAAGACUAUUGGGGUCUCAGUAGAACCACUGAAAUAAAUUGUACACAACCCGCCAUAGAUGAUUUUCCCAGAGAUUUGUUUACAGAGGCGCAAAGACAGUCCGGUGCUGUAGUACUUCAUGUGAUAGCCAGCUUAUAUUUAUUUCUAGCAUUAGCUGUAGUAUGUGACGAAUAUUUCGUACCUGCAGUCGAAAAAAUCUGCGCAGCGCUUAAUAUGUCAAAUGAUGUUGCGGGAGCAACAUUUAUGGCAGCUGCAACAUCCGCCCCAGAACUGUUUGUGAACGUGAUAGGAACAUUUAUCACAGAAGGUGAUAUUGGAGUUGGAACCAUUGUUGGUUCGGCUGUGUUUAAUAUACUAGCUGUAGCAGCGUGUUGCGGCAUAGGAGCUGGAAUGACGAUACCAUUGGAUUGGUGGCCAUUAACAAGAGAUAGUAUUGCGUAUGGAAUAACAGUGGCAAUUCUUAUUUGUGUGAUGCACGAUGAAAGAGUUGAAUGGUAUGAAGCUCUAAUAUUGGUUUCUUUAUAUGCAGUAUAUCUGGCUGUUAUGUAUUUUGAUAAAACUUUUCAAAAGUGCGCCAAAGGUGGUGUCGAACAUGCAAGAACACGCAGUAGAUCUUCAAACAGCAGCAUACAGACAAAAACAAGCAAUGAAAAGGAUCCAGAAAUUGUUGAGAACCGUAUUUGCCACAACAUGUCAACUAUACAGCUUAACGGUGGCGUGAACAACGACCCUCCGAAGCUUCAACCACCUUCGGGUCCAACAUCACACCAAAUGGCGGCAGUUGAGGUAUCCGAAGUUGAAUCAUCACAAGAAGAAGAAGUUGAAGAACGCUAUUCACUGAUUCAUUGGCCCAAGGGGAAGAGUUGCUUCGCACAGUUCACUUGGCUCAUUAUUUGGCCAAUUCAUCUUCUAUUCUAUAUUGCUAUUCCUGAUUGCAAGCGUGCCAAAAAUAGCAAAAUUUUCCCAGUUACUUUCAUGAUGUGUAUUGUUUGGAUUGGAUCACUGUCAUAUGUGGUGGCCUGGAUGAUUACAAUUAUUGGUGAUACACUGAAGAUUCCAGACUCUGUUAUGGGUAUAACAUUCUUGGCAGCUGGUACUAGUGUUCCAGAAGCAGUUUCAAGUGUAAUUGUUGCCAAACGAGGACACGGUUCAAUGGGCAUUUGUAAUUCAAUUGGAUCAAAUACUUUUGACAUUCUACUUUGCCUUGGCGUUCCAUGGCUCAUCAAAGCUGUCUUUUUCCCAAUACAACCCGGCCAAAACUUUGUCGGUAUUAAUUCGGCAGGAUUGGAAUAUUCAGCAAUAACACUGUUAUCAACAUUAUUCUUGUUGUACAUAACAUUUUCGUGUAACAAAUUCAAACUGGACAAGAAAGUGGGAAUCGCAUGCCUGGUCAUGUAUUUGGUGUUUUUAGUAUUUGCCUCAUUAAUAGAAUUAAAUGUUUUCUUCCGAGUGAAUCUGCCAACUUGUGGACGAACAUAGAACUUUUUGGCGUUCAUUUCAUAAGCAAUUUAGAACAAUAUUUUCGGUUGUUCAUUUCGUCGGGUAUUGAGAUAAAAUGUUUAUUUUUUUUUAAGUGUAGUUCUCAAUGUAAGCCUUAUCCCUUCUACAUUCUUACUUUUUAUUUUUACUUUCUUUUAAUUUAGUUUUUGUUGUUGUUGGUUUGUUUAUAAUAAAUGUAGUUGUAAUUAUUGA